UAGGUUAUUGCGCAUGUCUACAAUUCUGACAGGUUUUGAACUUCCGGUAGAAAAGCAACAGAUGUAAAAAUGCCGAAUUAUUCAAUAAAUUCAAUUUGUCAUAUGAUUUUUGAACAUUAAUUUUUUUAAAGGUAUGAUGUUACAUUGAAUCAAAGUCAUAUUUCUAGUCAUGUCCCUUAGAAAAGAAGUGCUUGGACUUUAUAGAAAACUGUUUCGGCUUUCAUACUCAUGGGAGUCCUCCCUGGGCAACCCAGGUGCAACAGACGAAGAGAAACGUUACAUACGUGAUGAAACAAGGAAGCUUUUCAAAAAAAAUAAGGAGUUAUCAGAUGAAAGUUUGAUCAGAGAGCAUUUGAAAGAAGGAGAAACCAGAAUUGAAUUAGCCAUGCAUUACCAGAACCCUUAUCCAAGACCUGUCCACCUUCCCCAGCAUGUGCUUCACUCGAAGGCAGGGAAGAGGUUGAAGGCCCAGCAGCGCAAGCUUCAGCAGUCCAAACCCAUUUACAUUAAGUCAUACGAGGACGAGUCCUGACAUUGGUUGGAAGGAGUGCCAGAUAUGCUGGGUUGUAGUUGAAUAUCAAGGACAACCAUGAACACAAGACUUGAUAGUGAUAUAAGGGGUCAGACUUAUCGAUAACUGUGCUGUCUAAAUAAUUGUUAUUGUAUGCUUUGAAGCAGUAUGAUGUUACUGGACUGAUGGGAAUGUAUUGGUGUUUCAGAAUAAAAAAAUGCCAUGAAAACUUAGUGUUCUGUGUGUACACAAAUUAAAAUACACCUUCAGUGAGUAAUAAUAAUCUGUAAGCAUGAUUUUUCUUGACGUUAUGUGGUUAAUAGAUGAAAAAUAAUGACUUAUGUUUAGUGUAUAUAACCAUAGUUUGAUGGACCAUAUGCAAAAUUCGUCUGGAGUGAAUCAGACACAAAAGCCACUUUUCACUUUACUUUAUUUCAUUUUCAAUAAAUGUGAUAAACUUUGAAAAUAUUCUCUUC